UUUGUCGAGUAUUUCCCGUGGCAAAUUCGUUCCGGAAUAAUCUCUCCUAAGUGUUAUUCCCGUCUCAGCAUAAUUUGAGAAUCGAGCCCUUUUGAAGAUUUUCAGGAGUCUCGACUACUGCGAACCCUGCCAGGUCGUGCCAAUUAUCAUCAAAGUCCAGCUUCCUCAGAAUCCAGUCACUCACGAUAUUGGGAAUCUGUCAUAUAAAUGGCCUCCCUCUCCCUUACCACAAAGGGCAAUGACCAGCAAGGAGAAUCCCAGCCAAGGUAUCAGACUCCAUUUCGACGUAUUUGCGUAUCAAGAUUCCCAUUUAGAUUUACUCAACGCCUCAGUGGACUGGUAGUACCACAAUUAAGCCGCACCUUGAAUAAUCAAGAAGCUCCGCGACUAUGCGCAACUAUGCACCAACGUACACUCAAGGACUAUGCUGCCAGGACUAUAAGGAUUUAUACGAGUAUACUCAAUGAGACUAUGAGAGAUAGACACCCAAAGAGAUGUGAAUUCAAGAUUCUGAUAUUGAGAAUUCCGGAAGUCCAGAUUAAAUAUUCAAGCAGACGAACAACAACAGCAGUAACAGAAACGACAGUGGAGAAGUAACAACAGGGCUGUUUCCACCAGGCGACUCGAGAAUGCCAGCAUUUAGGAACUUACGGACUCCACAACACGUCUCGCCCGAGACAAAUAAAUGCAAAUCUCACGUGAGAAGUUACAAUCUCCACAUUGCCUCACGAAAAUCAUCUUUUCCUAGCUUUUGUAAUACCAUCGAUUUUUAUUCUCGUAAAAUUAACAUCGCUCUUUCUAUUCUCCGGUCAUUCGCUCCACUCGAUCGUCACUGGAAAAUCUCUACAAGGACAUACAAGCCAUCAAGAUUGUCAGUGAAGAAAGAAUGCAACGUGGCAUGUAUGGAACAACCCACUUGUCACUGUCGCUACGUAAUUCGUCGUCGUCAUAAGGGACGAAAGUGAGGAACGCGCAAGGUCGCAGCGUGCCGGAGCAAAGGUGAGGCAAUUCUAGAGAACUUUCCAUGACGACGCGAUAAAUUGCACGAAACCCGAGACAACUGUUUCGCUUGAUAUUAAAUUUCAUAUUUCAGUCAGGGACCAACCACUUUCGGAAAGGAUCACGAGAGAAACUUCCGGUCUCUCGUUAACUGCGAAUCAGCCUGCGCGUAUACGUAUAUGAGUCAUAGCACGGGUACGCCUCUGUAUACCAACUUGAUUCAAGGAGAUUCGAGUUACUUAUGUUCCUUGGAAAUACGCCAGAAUUUACUGAUUUGUGAAUCUAACU